AAGAACCAAAGGGCAUUUUCGUAACUUUAAUCUGUAUAUAAACAAACUCCUCUGCUCUUCUUCCCUCUCAACGGAGUCAGUCUCUCGUCUGUGCGGUGUGUUUGAUCGUCAAAAAAAAAAAAACCCAAAAUUCUCAGAGAAAGAGAGAGAUGGCUUCUCCGUACACGCCCAAGAACAUACUCAUCACCGGAGCAGCCGGUUUCAUCGCCUCCCACGUGGCGAACAGGCUAAUCCGAACCUACCCUCACUACAAGGUCGUCGUCCUCGACAAGCUCGACUACUGCUCCAACCUCAAGAACCUCAACCCUUCAAAAAACUCCCCGAACUUCAAGUUCGUGAAAGGAGACAUCGCCAGCGCCGACCUCGUCAACCACCUCCUCGUCACCGAACGCAUCGACACCAUCAUGCACUUCGCCGCCCAGACCCACGUCGACAACUCCUUCGGCAACUCCUUCGAGUUCACCAAGAACAACAUCUACGGCACCCACGUCCUCCUCGAGGCCUGCAAGGUCACGGCCGGGCAGGUCAAGAGGUUUAUCCACGUCAGCACAGACGAGGUUUACGGGGAGACUGAUGAGGACGCGCUCGUGGGGAACCACGAGGCGUCCCAGCUUCUCCCCACCAACCCUUACUCCGCGACCAAGGCGGGCGCGGAGAUGCUUGUGAUGGCGUAUGGGAGGUCUUACGGCCUCCCAGUGAUCACCACUCGUGGGAACAAUGUCUACGGGCCGAAUCAGUUUCCCGAGAAGCUGAUUCCCAAGUUUAUUUUGCUGGCGAUGAGAGGGAAGGUGCUGCCGAUUCAUGGGGAUGGUUCCAACGUGAGGAGUUAUCUUUACUGCGAGGACGUGGCUGAGGCCUUUGAGGUGAUUCUCCAUAAAGGAGAGGUGGGGCAUGUUUAUAACAUUGGGACUAAGAAGGAGAGGAGAGUGAACGACGUGGCGAGAGAUGUUUGCAAGCUCUUUGGGGUGGACCCUGAGAAGAGUAUUAAGUUCGUUGAGAACAGGCCUUUUAAUGAUCAGAGGUAUUUUCUUGAUGACGAGAAGCUGAAGAAGCUGGGGUGGUCUGAGAGGACGACGUGGGAGGAAGGGUUGAGGAAGACUAAGGAGUGGUACACUCAGAACCCUGAGUGGUGGGGUGAUGUCUCUGGAGCGUUGCUUCCUCAUCCCAGGAUGCUGAUGAUGCCUGGAGGGAGAGGACACUUCGAUGGUUCCGAGGAGAGUUCUUUAGUAACUGAUGAGAAGCCGAGUCAGAGGAACCACAUGGUGGUUCCAAGCCUAAGGAGCGCACCGCAGAAGCUUUCUCUCAAGUUCUUGAUUUACGGGAAGACGGGAUGGAUCGGUGGUUUGCUUGGGAAGAUAUGUGAGAAGCAAGGGAUUGCUUACGAGUAUGGGAAGGGGAGGUUGGAGGAUAGAGCGUCUCUUCUGCAGGAUGUUGUGAGUGUUAAGCCGACUCAUGUUUUCAACUCGGCUGGUGUGACUGGGAGACCUAACGUUGACUGGUGUGAGUCUCACAAGACGGAGACUAUCCGUGCCAACGUGGCUGGGACUUUGACUCUAGCUGAUGUCUGCAGAGAGAAUGGUCUUCUCAUGAUGAACUUCGCUACCGGUUGUAUAUUCGAGUAUGAUGAGAACCAUCCCGAAGGUUCAGGGGUUGGGUUCAAGGAGGAAGACACUCCCAACUUCACUGGCUCCUUCUACUCAAAAACCAAAGCCAUGGUGGAGGAGCUGCUCAAGGAGUUUGACAACGUGUGCACGUUACGAGUGAGGAUGCCUAUCUCUUCGGAUCUAAACAACCCACGCAACUUCAUCACCAAGAUCUCUAGGUACAACAAAGUAGUGAACAUUCCGAACAGCAUGACUGUGCUUGACGAGCUUUUACCGAUCUCCAUAGAGAUGGCGAAGAGGAACUUGAGAGGGAUAUGGAACUUCACGAACCCCGGGGUGGUGAGUCACAACGAGAUCCUGGAGAUGUACAGAGACUACAUCAACCCGGAGUUCAAAUGGGCGAACUUCACGUUGGAGGAGCAAGCUAAAGUCAUUGUGGCUCCGAGAAGUAACAACGAGAUGGAUGCUUCUAAGUUGAAGAAAGAGUUCCCUGAGCUACUCUCCAUCAAGGAGUCUUUGAUCAAGUAUGCGUUUGAACCAAACAAGAAGACUUAGAAAGAGUGUGUGAUAAGGUUGUGUGAUUCUUCAUUAGAUCAAUCACUAAUAAUAAUAUGUUUUGUUUAUUGUUCUUGUUAUAUUGUUUGAUCACACCCCCCCACACUAUCACUAGGGGUGUUUGUAGUUUGAUUAUUCUAUGUAAUUUUUAUUAAUCA